UCCUUAUGGUAGUUGUAGUCCACAAAGCUGGAUCGUUUCCGUGUGUCUACCUUACGUUAGUGUUAGGUGGAGGAAUCCGCUCUACAAAGACAAACGUGAGAUUAUUGAUCAGGGUUGUGUGAAUUUAUGGAAACAUGUCAAAGAAACGGGGCAGGAAGCGUAGCAGUGGAGAGCUGAGUGAGAGCUCGGCGUCGACCCUGAGCCCAGACCCUGACAACCUGCUGGGCCGAAGGAUUCAGCACACCUGGAGGGAGAAGGGUAACGUGACCAAGUGGAAAGGCACCGUUCUGGAGCGCUUAACUGUGAACAGCUCCCUCUACAUGGUCAAAUAUGACGGCUUUGACUGUGUGUAUGGCAUCGAGCUCUUUAAAGACAACCGGGUGUCAAACCUGCAGGUGUUGACAGAGAAAGUCGUGAACAAUAAGAUCAAGGUGCCUCCCGGGGCGGAGGAGCUGGUGGGACGGGCUGUGGAGCAUCUGUUUGAGAAGGAGGACGGUGAGAAAAAUGAAUGGCGAGGCAUGGUGCUGUCCCGAGCCCCCAUCAUGACCCACUGGUACUACAUCACCUACGAGAAAGACCCGGUGCUGUAUAUGUACCAGCUGUGGGACGACUAUAAGGACGGAGAUCUACGUGUCCUGCCCGAAUCAGAAAACAAACACCUGCUGCCAGCAGACAGGAAGCCAGGGGAGGAGCCAGAGAGCCUUGUGGGUAAACAGGUCGAGUACGUCACAGAUAACGGUCUGAAGAGGACGGGCUUGGUAAUCUACCAGGUCCCAGCUAAGCCCACGGUAUACUACAUCAAAUAUGACGAUGACGUCCACAUCCACGUCUACGAUCUGGUGAAGACCACCUAGUACUGACUGUCCCGAAUCAUCUACAUCUGACGGCUCAUCUCUGACCCGACCAGUCGUUACCUGUGAAAGUGUUACAGAUUUCAGUUUUCCUCCAGCCGGAGGCAUGUGCCGAAGAUCAAAAGCCUUGUCUUUUUGGUUUAAUCUUUUUGGCGUCCACUGGCUUCUUUCAUUCUCACAUCACCAGAGAUCUUGUUUUUUGAUUCUCAGUGUUAAAGGCACAAUGAGUAUGAUUUGUCAGUUGUGGUUUGUAAACAGCCUUCAAAGUUGGCCCCUCCUUCCCGGCUCAGCAAGGGUGAGGGUGCGAAAGCCACCCCAGAUCCACUCUCCUUUUUUGAAUGGGCUUUGUGCGCUUGGUAUUUUGCAUCGCUGUUUUGCAGGUUUCUUUUGCCGCUGUGUCUGCAAUUUUUGUAGCUUCCUCUUGGUUGCGUGGUUACUAUCUAGCAUCUGGUCGCUAGGUCUAUCUAGAGGUUGAUUACCAGAAAGUUCACAAACACAGCCAAAUGUAAAGGACAGAGAAAAUACAGAUCAAGGGAACCAGGGUCUCUGCAGAUACAGACAACGCCACACACUCCUUAAGGGGCAUAGGUGAUGAUUGUGAUGCAAUAUUUUUUGUUUGAAUCCAUACAAUAUGUUUUAGGAAAAUCCUACUCAUUGUGCCUUUUAAGUUGACCUUAAUGUAUGACUUUUGAGAACUCUUCAAUGUAAAUAAAGCAGGUCUGAGACCAGUUGUAUAGCCCAGCAGAUGAAAUGGAACAAGGCUUUUUGUUUUGGUUAAAUCAAACAUGUAAAGUGCAACUUUCAAACUCCAAAAGCAUACAUUUUGUAAGCUACACAUUGAACUAAAAAUGAUUCAGCUUUCUUACCUUUACCUCUGUGUUUACUCGUAUAUCAUUUCACUUUUAUAUGUCUGUGCUAUUUAUUUCUUCUGGAAUAUCUGGCUGUGUUGCUGGUAACCUUUUGAAAAACAUGUCUACUGUGCCUUUCAGUUUGUUGAAUAUAAAGGUAAUAUUAAUUUGACCAGUGUGCUAAUUUCACCGUCACAGUGGACUACAAUUUCAGUUGAAGUGUUAAGGCAAUGAUGCGACUUGACUGUCUCACAUCAUGAAGAUCCAACACAGAUUAUUCUAAAAGUCAUUUAUCAUAAUUCUGUUUCAUCAUGUAAACUGCAAGUUUUCUACAUUAUGAUAAUAUAUGAAAAAUACUGAUGUUGAUGUCGAGUUGUUUCCACGGUGUUUGUGCUACACACUAUUUAUGUAGUUAAAAUUGGCUACCACCAUUGUUUAGAGUUUUGGACUGAAGUCUCUAUUAUUUGCCCAAAAAAUGAAUGAUGUGAAACGAAAUAUUCAAGCCUCAAAAUACUGUUCUUUGUGACCCUAAAUAUGUUUUGUUCUAUUCUGUAUAUAUAAUUCGAGACAUUUUUAUGAACUUGAAACAAAGCUGCUUGAAAAUGUUCAUGUCGCUUAAAUGCUGUUUGUGUUGUGGAUAUUUUUUUUACAUUUGUGUGAAUGAGUUCCACCAUGGUUGAAAGUACAAUACAUUCAUUCAAUCAAAUAAUAAGCACAUUUAUCAGAUUAACAUAUUUUUGAUCCUAUUAUUUUACUGUCUGAGGUAAUCUGAUAUUGCUUAUUUAAUGCCAUGCUACAAAUAAUGCAAACAAUUAAUAAUUCAAGGCUCUGACCAUAAGGCCUUCAGUAUCAUGUCUAUCUACAUAU